AUGGAUUCCGACCGACUUCAUGGACAGCAAAGAUGCUCGUUGUUUCGCCGGUUUGAUGGCUGCAGAUUUCUUGUUGCAUUUGCCUGCAGCAUUCCUAUAGCCGAGAUGGUACCACCCUUUGUUGUGUUGGACGGCUUGAAUUCUGCAAGCAACGUGGGGCAAGUGCUGCGCACUGCAUAUCAUUUGGGCGUCAACUCUGUCAUUGUGUCGCCUGGAGCAUGGAGCUGCCUGAACGGCCGCGCUUGCAGAGUAUCAAUGGGCUGGUUCUAUCGAAUGAGUUUCCAUGUUGCACGGCCUUUGUCCAAAGCAAUCCAAGAGUUGAAGCAACUUGGAGUUUGCCUCUAUGUUGCUGAAAAUCAAUUCUCGCAGCCAGUUGCUCCUCAUCAGCCCCACGGAGAUCGGAAAUGGGCAUUUGGUUAUUGGCAGUGA